AUGAAAGAUAAUCUUCACCCUGAUGUUAAUGAGGCUAUGUUAUUCGACAAAUUUACAACUGUUGGUCCAGUUUCAUCAAUUCGAGUCUUUCGUGAUAUAAUUACACGACGAUCACUUGGCUAUGCUGAAGUCAAUUUUCAACAAGCAGCUGAUGCUGAAUAUGCAUUCGAUACAAUGAAUUUUGAUUUACUUCAUGGUCGUCCAUUACAUAUUAUGCGGUGUCAACGUGAUUCAGCAUUACGUAAAUCGGAUGUUACCAAAGUUUUUAUUGAAAAUUUAGAUGAAAGAAUUGAUGAUAAAUUACUUUAUGAUACAUUUUCGGCUUUUGGCAAUGUCUUAUCAUGCAAAAUCAUGAUAGAAAAAAAUAAUUAA